CUUUUGUUAUAAGCUGUGCUGUAUAUGGCCAGUAACUAAUAAACUCAACCUGAAAGAGAAUGUUAAAUAGUAAAAAUAAACAAAAACAUCACCAUUUCUGAACUUUUUUUGUUUUGUUUUUUUAUCUCCUCUCAAAACUACUUUUAGUGUCUGUUUUUCUUUCUACAAAUUAAAACAUAAAUGUAUACCCCCACUGAGAAGUGAAACCAGAAUUCACAAAAUAUAUUAGAAUUCUCUUCUCUAAAGAGACUUUCAAAGUUCCACCAAAAUGGCAAUCUGUACUGUUUAUACAACUCAGUCUUUGAACACAAUAUCAACAACAACUAAAACCAACCUUGGUUUCCAUCAAAAACAAGUAUUUUUCUUCACCAAGAAAUCAUCAUUAUCAACCAGAAGAAAUUCUUACUUCUCAUGCUCAGCUGGAGAUUCAAAAACAAUUGUGAUAGGAUUGGCAGCUGAUUCAGGAUGUGGUAAAAGUACUUUUAUGAGAAGAUUAACAAGUGUAUUUGGUGGUGCAGCAGAACCACCAAGGGGUGGUAACCCAGAUUCAAAUACUUUGAUUAGUGAUACAACAACAGUCAUAUGUUUAGAUGAUUAUCAUUCACUUGAUAGAACCGGAAGAAAAGAAAAGGGUGUUACUGCUCUUGACCCAAGAGCUAAUGAUUUUGACCUAAUGUAUGAGCAAGUUAAAGCUCUUAAAAACGGUAUUGCUGUUGAGAAACCUAUCUACAAUCAUGUAUCUGGUCUUUUAGAUCCUCCAGAACUUAUCCAGCCUCCUAAGAUUCUUGUCAUCGAAGGUCUUCACCCAAUGUACGACUCUCGGGUUAGAGACCUCCUCGACUUCAGCAUCUACUUGGACAUUAGUAACGAAGUCAAGUUUGCAUGGAAAAUUCAGAGGGAUAUGGCCGAACGUGGUCACAGUCUUGAAAGUAUUAAAGCUAGUAUCGAAGCCCGAAAGCCUGAUUUUGAUGCUUACAUUGAUCCACAAAAGCAAUAUGCAGAUGCAGUUAUAGAAGUUUUACCAACAACGUUGAUUCCAGAUGACAACGAAGGAAAAGUUUUGAGGGUUAGAUUGAUCAUGAAAGAAGGUGUAAAAUAUUUCAGUCCAGUUUACUUGUUCGAUGAAGGUUCCACCAUUUCAUGGAUUCCUUGUGGAAGGAAACUCACUUGUUCGUACCCAGGCAUCAAGUUCAACUAUGGUCCCGACUCUUACUUCGACAAUGAGGUGUCUGUGUUGGAAAUGGAUGGACAAUUUGACAGAUUAGACGAACUGAUUUACGUGGAGAGUCAUCUUAGCAACAUCUCUACCAAGUUCUACGGAGAAGUUACCCAACAGAUGUUGAAGCACGCAGAUUUCCCCGGUAGUAACAAUGGAACUGGUCUCUUCCAAACCAUGGUUGGAUUGAAGAUCAGAGAUCUUUAUGAACAGAUUUUGGCAAGCAAAGUUGGAGCUUUGGAAGCAAGCAAAGCUUGAUGGCGGAAAUACUUGAUCAGAAUCACUUCAAAUAAACAAUUAUUCUACGAAGUUUUCAUUCUUCUUCUUCUUCUCCAACUUCAUCAUUGUGGAGUUCUUUAGGGUUUCUACUUUCAACUCAUAAGAUUUAAGAACACUCUUAUAUGUAAUUCAUGUUGUAAUACUAUCAUGUGGAGAUUUGUAAUAUAGCGAGGACACAAGGGAGAUGAAAUGCAGUUUAAAAAGAUCAAAAUAUUUGAAACUUUCAUAAAGUCAGCUACUUUGUAUCGAUCCUCAUUUGGUUCAAAAGCUUUUCCUUCCA